AUGGAUGAAACACCUUCGAGAAAGCGUCUUCAGAAGAAGAAACAAAAGAAAUCAGAAGCCGAUGAUGAACCAGAAGCCGGAAAUCCCCAAAAGAAGAACAAAUCUAAGAACAAAAACGUUUCUGAUGAAAAAGGAGAACGUGAUAGUGACCGACCACUGGUGAAGAUGAAAAAGAAGGCAAAGAAAUAUGUUGUGAAGAGAAAGGAAGUCUCUGAUCCUGAAGCAACCACCCCAUCAAGGAAUUCGCAGAGAUUGAAAGAUAAAGAAUCACCUAGUUCAUCUAAGUCUGAAGCAGAAAAGAAAACAAAGACUAAAAAGAACGUUGCACCAAAGGAAAUUUUGGGUGAUGAUGAUACAGAGAAUGAAGAUGAUAACACGGAUGAUGAGAAGGAAGUAGAUGAUGACAAGGAAGUAGAUGUUAGGAAAGCUAUUGAUCAGAAGAAGAAAAGAAAAAGACAUGAACCCAAACAAUCAGAAGACCUGAAAAAGAUGAUGAAGAAGAAGCAAUCUGAAACAUCAGAAAUAAAACCCAAAUCUGCAGUUCAAGUAGGUAAUUAUAGAGCAGGUUUUCUAAGGUAG